UUGAAAAAAAGUGCUUGAACUGUAUUAUAAGAUGUAAAAAAUUAAAAAUGCAGCGACUCUCCGAGCAUGGCUAAAAAUGAGACUUAAAAGACACUUUAUUUUUAAGAUGUACAAAUAUUCCUAUUGAUCACUGGUGUUCCGACCAGCGAUUGGACCCAGUGCUGAUCAGUAUCCACCUGUUCCAUUGUUAUCCAAUAUCGGAUAACUCCACCUAUUUGAAUUUGUAAUGGAGAGACUCGCAUUUCUUUCAUGAAUCAUUUAUCUAAAAAUAUAAAACGUAAUGAAACUUUUAUCGGAUUUUACAUCAUCUAAAUAAUUUAUAAUUACAUUGCAUGCUAAUUGAGAAAACAAUACAUACACUAUCUAUCAGAAAAAGAAGAAAAUAAGAAACUCUGUAAAUGUAUCUCAUAUAACGGAAAUUUAACGAAAAACAACAAAAUUUGCGAAUACAUUCUUUGUUAAUGUGUUACUAUAGAUUUAUAGACAGAAGAGGAAUUGGACAAUUGUGAAUCGCGCGGGACCGAUUGCUCGGACCACUCGGCGGUGUCGUUUUACGGUAUCUGGAACAUCUGUAAGCAGGUGUCAUCGAGGAGACCACACUUGCACAUUUGGUGCAUGACGCUGACUUGGCUGCGCGGAUGAGGCUCACGAGAAGACAGGCGCGACCGGCUGCCCCGUGUUUCGUCGCUGCGACGAAACAGCUGUUCGCCUCUGUCGUGCGCGUUGGCUUAAGUGGCCUCAUGCCCAUUAUAAUUUGCGAGAAUUUAUAGGAACACGAAACUCUCUUCCUCUCACUUUGCGAGAGCUACAUUUUGCGCGUAGAGUUAUGCAAAUUUCAUUAUUGACGUCUAUUGGCCUGCGCUUCAAUUCAAAUGUCUCUCAAAAACAAGUCAUAGUUAUUCAAACAAUGCAACGCUGUGAUAUAGAUUGUUGUGUAAUAGAUUGUUUAAUAAUUCUUUUUUAAAUUAUUCAAAUCAGAGGAAUAUUGUAUUAUAGUAGGUAAUAUUUACGCAUUAUGAGUCUAAGCAUACAAAGAGUAUUUUUUAAAUCUGCUGUUCUACUAAAAAUUAUGAAUUGCAAUUAAUUUUACUGUACACACUGAACAUAUAAUCUUAGUGAAAUUUUGAAGAAAUUUUCUCUCACUCUUGUGCCUUUAUUGCAGCCGCGCUAAGUGCAUUUGUGACCAGGGAAAUGUGUAACGAGAGACUGCAGCAUCUCCGCCUACUCUUUUCGGCACCUCUCAAGAGUCAACCCAGCCCGAGUUUCGAAAUUGGCACACGGCGGCUGAUUUUAGUCAUAUUUGGGAACGGAGAGAAAUCACCUCGCCCCACUGGCGCCAGGAUGACGGAAAGCUCGCGUCCAUAAUCGAGCGUAUCUCCCCCGAAAUAUAAUGUUUCCUGUCAAAAAAAUGCCGAGCAACCCCUGUCGCGAUUGCCGGCCACCGAAAUUAAUUUUUUCUCGAACGCAAUUCUCUAGGGAUAUUAAAAUUUGUUCAACAAUUUAAAAGGUUUUGUAAAAAAAAAUGAUUAAUACUAUAGUAUUAAUUGUUUUUUCUUUUUCUACAAAACCUUUUAAAUUGUUGAACAAAUUUUAAUAUCUAAAAGCUAAAAGUGACAAAGCGAUAAAGCCGUCGCUAUCAUAAAAAUAGAUCGGAACGUGGAAGUACAUAGUAAAUUUGGCUUUCUCUCUCUCUUUCAUCGACGCCUCCCAAUGAAAACGAUGGGAUCGUAAAGAGCAUCCGCGACUUUUUGUGGGAUUUACUUUAUGAUACCGCGAAGGCCACUAAUAGGCGCGCUCGACGCUUCUCGUUGACAGCGUCGAUGCGCUCGACGGAGCCAAGGAAAGCUCAUACGUUUACGUUACGAGGAACAAAAAGGACACGCGAGGAAGACCCUCUCAAGAAAUCGACGCGCAGUCACGGACCGGAACUCUUCGCCGAAUAUAUAAGCCUCGUUCGGAUCUGCGCGAUUGUUCAAAUAUAUACACGUUUCCUCUCGGCGCCGGAUAUAUGUAUAAUUUACGACGCAUCGGAGAUUCUGAAAAAUACAUCACGAUUUCUCUUACCGGAAGUACGGUACACGAAGAUUAUAUGACAGCGUCGGCGGCGGCUCGUUUGGACAAGCAAAGCGCCGCCCCCGUGCGACUGUGUAUCGUCGUUCUCCAGAGACGACAGGGAGAUGAGACGAGGAGAGAAAGGAAAAAAGGGCCAGCCUUACUCUCUCGAGAGGGAUGCGCUCUGUUGGCCGUGCGCGAAAAAAGGAUCACGCACGACCUUUGUGAUUUCUCCAACGGAGAAGAUCGUUGCGUGUUCGGAGCUUGAAAAGAAAAAGACUCACCUCGCUUUUCUAAGGGAUGCAGCACCCCCUUUCGGGAAUAAAAAGAAUCCUGCGUGUCGAUUCGCGCGAUUGGUCCACGGAAGAGAUUGAGAGAGUCGACCAGAGUCCCUUCUCUUAUUCGGAUACCGAAAAUGCUUCCCCAUCGACCGUUUUGGAAUGGUUUUCUUUCCCGUGUGCUUUUCGACGCAAAUAAAUCAAGCCUCUUGAAAAAACACCGUAGGAGUUUGUUGCGAGCUGAUAUAUGAACGUCUGAUUCAUUAUGCGUCGCCGAUGAAGUAUGUGUUAAUGAAGAGAGGGCGACCUCUUUCCCUUCACGUGGAGAAUAUUUAUUUCCGCGGGUCAAAUCUACAUUGUAAAAGACUAUCGAAUUUGAAGUGAUCAAAGGAUCCGAACGGAUAAAGGUCAAAGGGUUGCUUGUAAAGGUCCGGAAUAUACAUUGUGUAUCUUCUGUGCGGGAAGAGCGCCGACGACGAUUCGCUCUGUCAAUCCUUGUACAUCAGCAAAGCCUGAAGACGAUGCGCGGGACUCUUUUUACGCAUAGGUAGGAGACUACAAAGUCAGGCCAGAUGUCGGUCGAGCGGUCGUCUUUAUGGCUGUCAAGUCAUACGUGGACGACGACGAGAACGACGAACGGAUGGCGAAAAGGAGCAUCACGACAAACGCAAACGAAAGGAUAAAUGGAAUCUACGGUGACGCAAAACGUCGCGAUCCGUCUCGUGUCGUCGCGUCGUCACUACCGUCUCGUCUGUUUCCUCGACUUGCACGCCAAUCGAUGAUUUGCAAGGUAUAUGAGUUGAAGGAAAAAAGAACGGCAACUUGAGAAGCUACCAAUUUGUUUACAAUGACAAGUUGAUGACAAUUAAUGUGCCAAACUGAUUGAGAUAAAAAAAGAAAAAAAAUUCGCAGAAGGUAGAAUAUAUUUCGCGAAUGUGGAUCUAGAAGAAAAAAGGAGAAUGAAUGAAGAUAGUGUCUUUCUAUUUAUUACUCUACUGCCACUAUUAGUAGUAAUAUUGAUGCGAUAUAUUUAUAUCUCAACUAUUGAAAUAUUUUACGAAAUUUCAUCGCAAAGAAGGGGAGAGCAAAACGUCGUGUGAACCGGAUCCUAUGUCGCCGCCAGCUGUCAAGCCGACAUGUCAUCUUCUCUCAUCUUGUAUACAACCCUAAUGCCUUUCCUUGGUAUACGAGAGAAUGGCAAAGGCAGUAUUUUUAAACUACAACAUUAGCUUUGAUACAAUUUAUCAUAAUUGAGAAAAAACUUGAGCAUUAAUUAUGCAGAAAACGAAUGAAUGAAUGUGGAAAUUCAAGUUACAAAUCUUUAAAAUUGGAUUUUCCUUCAAAUAAAUGAAAAAGUGGGUUGCUACAAGUGGAAAAGGAAAGAGAUUAAGUCGAAAAAAAAAACAUAGUAGCCGCAUCAUGUAUGGGAUCUUUGAAGAUAAUAUUCAUCAAGGAAGUCCGUCGCGCGUCAUCGAGAUUCAUCAUAAAAAAUGAUUAUAAGAAAACUGUUCAAUCUACGCGCGUGGGAAGCUACUGUAUUAACUAAUCAAUUAGUAAUGGGUCGAUUGUCGAAGAAUGCUAUCAAAAGGACCGAGAUGUCGGCACAGGGAGAUAACGCGACAGUCAGCCAGCCACCGUAUUAUUUUCGUCACAGUACCAUAGAAUUAUCAAAAAAGUCGCGAGACGAUUCUGUUACGUCGAAACAAAAAGCAGAUGGUGAACCUUCGAUAAUUAUAGCGAGCAGUUCCAAGGGAAGAUGCAAAUAUUGCACUUAUUGGCUCACUGGAAUGCUGAUCAUCUUAUUGUGCAUUAUAAUCAGCAAAUUAUUGUUCCCGUAUCCUCUGCAUGCUUCGUGCAUUAUAAAAUGGAAGUUUGACGAUCCAUGCACAUACGUAAUGCAGAAAUUUCGAUGUCAAAUAAUGAAUUGGUCUUCUUGGAACGUUUGUCGACCACGUGGUGACAGUUGUCUGUAUACGCUCAACGUACCAGCGGAAGAAAAUGUCAUUAGGGCGACACACAGGACGUCGAAUUCCAAAUCGCUCGAGAAAAUCAAUCUUAUUUUCGAAGAGACAAACAACACGUGCCUCAUUACAGCAGAUUCCGUAUCAAACGAAUGGUUUGUGAUAUUUGAUUACGGCGCCAACUAUUGCAAUCUCCAUAAUUUGGUGGUGGGAGCUGGUCUUGAUAGACAUGCAAACUUUUUGGAACUGACGAGCGAUGCUACGUGCACGCAAUUUAAUAUGGCAGUUUGUGGAUGAAAAAAUAUAUUUGUAAUUUCACUGAAAUGUUACAGUUGCUAAGAAGUUUAUAUUUUUAAUUUAUAUACAGAGUUUUGUACAAAGUUACAAGAUUAUUUGAAUCAUAAAUUUGUACUUUAUAUAUCUUUACGAAAUAAUAAAUUAAACAUUUCACUUA